CCUCACUUAGUCACGUGCUUUUAAUGCCUGAGAUUUUAAGCGUAGGGCUUUAUGCCGUUUCCUAAGUGAGGCAUUUUGUGGCUGUCGGUUGGAGGAAUAAAUACGAGUUAAAGAAGAGGAGACAAGGAAAUCAUUUAUUGGGAGGGAAAACUGGUCCCCAAACUAUUGUACAGUAAACCGAACAAAAAGAGAGAUGGAUGCAACUUCAAUAAACUGGCCCCGUAGGGUUUACCGAUAGUACAGCAAGUGAACUGAGCAGAAGUUCGAAGACCAUGAGGAAAAGGAAAGUGCAAAGGCUGUCAGGCAGCUGGUCCUGAUUUAUUUAUGGGCUUAUCUUUUGUCUGAGGAUUAAUAACCAGGAGCUACACCCCGAAAAUGGGACAGAUAUGAAGAUCUGGGUGGCUCAGACUCUCUCAGCAGCAUUGCUGCUGCUCCUGGUGCUUGGAUCUGUUUUGCUAAUCUGGACCGGUGGUCAACAGCGGAUCCUUCCAGAAUCAAAGAAGCACCAUGUUCUACGAAGGGCUUUGAUGGUUACCAGUCUUAUAAAUGCCCAGGUGCAGCAGCUGCAAACUUUGCCUUCUGGACCACCGCUACAUAAGGACACUGCUAUUACGAGCUUGGCAGUGGACCACAGUGAUGCAAGAAAUGAUGUUGGCAGUAAUGGCAAUGGCACAUCAGUGGCUUUCAAUGAUCGUUAUCAAGAGUCGAGGAAAAGUAACGAUCCCGAUGUCGUGCAUCUGAAUGUUAAAGCUGGAGCUUAUUUGGAGCUCGAUGAUGCCGUGGAAGACGGCAUUUUCUGGAACAGUGCACUGGACGCUCUUACCCCGUCUGGAUUCUCCGACUAUCAGGUGGACCAGUGGAGCAAACUAGUAAGGGGCUCGAGUAUAGUGUCUUUACAGCCCGGCUGUGGUCGUGCCCCAAACAGGUUGGCCCGGCUGCAGGAGGCUGAUAACACUGGAAAUGUAAUCCCUGCCUGCGUGCGCUACGGUAUCAACACAGAACAGAUUGUGGGAGAGACAUUGUCUUUCUACUUAUCCCGGCUUCUGGGUAUAGAAAACGUGCCCCCCUUAGCUCUAGCAAAGGUCGGGCCCAGUCGUGCCUUGUGGCGGGAUGUUGCCGCAGAGCAGACUGAUGCUCAGUGGGUGGAUGGAGCCUUAGUCAGCGUAACAAAGUGGGUAGCAAAUCUCAGCGAAGUGGUUACACCUGCGCCCCUGCGAUCUGAUAGUGGCUGGCGACUGCAUCCCUCCUGGAAUGACUGGGGUAAUCGAACAACCCAGGAAGUGCUGGAGCUGAUUCAGUGGACAGACCUCAUUAUCUUCGACUACUUAACUGCCAAUUUCGAUCGGCUGGUCAGUAACCUUUUCAGCAAGCAGUGGGACCCUCGAAUCAUGGAGAGGGCAACUAGCAACCUACAUCGGACGCCUGGAGGCAGUUUGCUGUUCAUCGACAAUGAAGCCGGUCUGUUACACGGCUACCGCGUGAAAGCCAUGUGGGACAAGUAUCACGAACCACUGCUAAAGUCCGUAUGUAUCUUCCGACGGAGAACAGCGUCUAAGGUCAUCGAGCUGCACCGAUUAAGGAAUGCAGCCCAGCAGCUGUGCAAACUCUAUCAAGCGCGCGAGCCGCUGCACUCGGAGCUGGGCUUUAUGUCCGAACUGCACGCGCAGGAGUUACAGAACAGGAUUGACCUGUUGUACAAGCACAUUUUGCACUGCAAAUCCACUUACGGUGAAGUUUGAGUUACUUAAUUUUCGGGUGUGUGCUUACUACUGUUUAUGUCACGGACACUUCUAUCAAACUAUGUGUUUUCCCGUUAAGUGGUUGCACAAGCUUGUGUGUAAAGUAUGGCAUUGCUUGUGCCAGAUAAGUUGAUAAACAGCAGUAAACUGCUUUUCAUAUAGCUUUCAAAUUUAAGUAAGGCAAGAGUAAUAUUAGGUAGUAUGAACUGAGUAAAAGCCAAAUAAGAUUUGGAUGUGUCUCACUCACCCGUGCAGACUUAAACUUUGGUAAUAACUGUUGGAUGAUGCAGAUUACUGUUGAUGUGCGUAAUGUUGCUGUUUUUUCCAAAGUUACUUUAUGAAUGGAGUUAAAUUCGUUGUUGCCCACAGAUUGUUGUAUUUUACCCAACCCCCUGUAGUUCCACUUUUGCAUUUCUGAUCCAAUAUAAGUUAUCUCCCUUUUGGUUUAGGAAAGUAAAUAUAUGUUCCUUAUAGCUGGGGAGUGAUCCAAAAGGAUAUUUUAGGUAAUGUUAAUUGUUACAGUACAUACACCUCUCCAAAAUAUCAGUUGUUUAAUUAUAGCCUUAAAUUCGGGCUGGUUUAACAUUUAAGUAAAAUUAAACCGAUAUGGCAGUCUUAGCUGGCUUGCAGCAACUGACAAACUAGAAUUAUCUGGUGAAUCCAUGGGUUUGUUAAAUGUAAAAUUCUGGCUUACAGCCAAAAUCUCAGAAUGGUGAAACAGAACAAAAUAAAAUGCUGUACUAGGGUUUCAUCUCUCAACCCUUCAUUUGACCAAACUGUGCAUACAACAUUUAAAAUAACUCAGUAAAUACCUUUAAGCUCAUACUUCACCUUAGAAGGGGAAAAAAGUAACUAAAUCUAUGAUCUCUUCUUUGGCUGAUGCCUAGUAGAGAACAAUAUAUGCCAUUUCAUUGUUGGUUAUUGGAAAAAUAAAUGGGAAAUGUAUUAUUCUUUUGUUUGCAUGUAGAUAGAACUUGAGUGCAGUGUUUGGUGGUGAAGGCAUAAAACAAGACAAAUAAUUCAAACAGUUUGAAGAGUUCAGAAAUAUGGUCAGUCGAGAUUAUUUGUAUGUUUUGUUGUCUUGAAAAAAAGUGAUAUUUUGUAAGCUCUAGCUCUCUGUCCAUUGCGUAUAGCUUUAUUGUGCAUUAUUAUUCACACCCCUUGCUUUAUUUUAUCCUGGGUCUAGUCUUAAAAUAACUAGUGCUUAUCACUUUUCAGAACCCUUAUAAGUAAACUAUAGUCAUUUGUGCACAGUGAUGGUCUUGAAAUUAACCAUAGACACUUAUUUUUUUAUCAGGUGAGUUUAUACUGGAACACGAAAAUAUUAGCUCCCUUGUUCCUACAGCAUAUCAUUUAUGUGGUAGUAGUGAUGUUUGGAUCAACUUGCCCAUUUUCAUAAUGAACAAACUGUUUUAAAAAAAAUACAUGGGAAAGUUCAUUUUAAGGAUGAAAAUGCAGUGAAGUAUCUGUCAAACAGCAGCACGUUGUUGGCAAUUUGUGACCACUUGUGUUUGAAGCAGCUUGGCUGUAUGUUAAGUAUGCAUGGACAUAUGAGAAGUGUGGCUUAUGAAUGGUAAUAAGGUCUGUGGAGUAAACAACUUGCAAAAUCAUAUGUAGGAGAUAUUUGAAAUUAAGUGGAUAAUACAUUUAUGCAGGCACUACAUAGAAAGAAGGUACAUUGAGAAUCAAGUGCCUGUGUGGUUUAUAUAGUAAAGCAUGUAUAUCUUGGGGCAUGGAGAUAAAAUGAUAGAUCUUCAAUUAGAUUACUCGGGGGUCAAUAAGAUGAGAGAAAGUAAAUCUGUAUGUUAUGAUAAAAAGGAUAAUAUGAAGUUAAUGAGGGUGAGGGAAAGGAAAUAAUUUCUCUGAAAAAGUAGACAUGCCUAGAAGAAACUGUCCAAAGAACUGGAAGAACAGUUAAUGUUCUUUAAGCGUUUCAUGCUAAUGAAGGCUUGUGAAGAUGCACAAGUAAGUAAUAGGAAGACUGAGUCACCAGAUACCCUCCUGUCUUUGGGGUCUGCCCAACUUAAACUGGGAAGGUUAAGUGAUUAUUUUAUGCUAAGAUUAUAAAAGGUUGUAAUGUCAUUGUUUACAGAAAAGUUUCCUUAAAAACAACAUCUAAUGUUCUUAUAAGUUUGUGUGUUCAUCUGUACAGUUUCUGUUAUGAAGGCAGGUAUGCUGAAAAUGUCACUGUUCAAUGUGCAAGUUCAUGUUUAAACAUUUGAAUACAUAAAAAAAUCUUUCAUUUUAUAUAUUGUCUACACUCCAAACAAUCAUGGUCCACAAAUGUGGGAUUUUAAACUCCUUAAUAGUGAUGGCUACACAGCAAGCCAGCUUUUAUUCAUGCACAUUUAUUAUGAAUAUAUAUUCUUUUGAAUGCCUGUUUCAUUUGGCAACUAAAAACUCUACUCAUAGUUACCAGCUGAUAUGUUUACUUGUCAUUUGUAUGGAAAGAUGGCAGUGAAACACGUAGUCUGCUUUUUUUUUUUUUUUCAAGCUGGGGCUUAGAUUCAAAACCUAAACAGAACACAAAACACAAGUAUUACUUAUAGCACUCCUAGAAAGAGCAGAAGUGAUGUAAUUUUGAUUUAUUAUUUACUUCUGUUUCACUGUAUGUAGUAAUGGUCUGAAUAAGAAUGAUUUCUCUAAGCAGAAUAUAUGUUGCCAAUAAGAAAGAACGUGAAUGAAUUAUUUUUCCUGCAUUUUUAACUUUUGCUAGAAGAAUAUACCAGAGGAAUCAACUUUGUGGUGUUUAUUCUGCUGGAGUUUUUAUUCAAACUAGGCCCUCACCCUGUGUUAUGAUUCUAGAGUGUGUUUCUGACAGAAUUAUUUCUAAAGCUCGUUAUUAAUAGACUGUACCUUUAGAAUGAGCCAAGGUCUUAAGAUGUGCAUUCGUAGGCACAGGAGGUGAAUCUAGCAGUCUGUUAACUUUCGUAAGCAGUUAGGCUUACAACUUAAGUGAACACAAUGCUUCAGAUCUUGGAAGACCUUUGUGGUGCGCCCUGACUGUACCUUAUCUUGAAAUAAUCCUUACUUACAAAUGUAGUGAGACAGCUUGCUGGAAGGCAGUUGUAUUCACAAUUCUUUCAAUUUGUUUUGGUGAUAGAGCUCACUACUAUUAGAUAAGUAUGUAUGUUCAUUAUAUAGUACUUAAUCAACAAAUAUAAAUAAGACACGAGAAUGGUAACAAGUUACCCUCAUUUGAGGGAAACACUUCUCAAUUUUGCAAGUUUCUUUUCUUUUUUUUUUCAGAAUUACUUUUAUACGUCUUAUUCUUUAGAUAAAAUGGAUAAGGAUCGGAUCAUUGGUAUCUAUUUUCAAAGAUGACAUACAAGACCUGAGGUCAUUAAGUGACUUGCACAUUCACUCACUGUGUAAAGAGGCUGUGGGACCCAGACCCGACUUUAAUGGAAGCACCUUCCUUACUUAAAGCUCAUUGCUCUUAAUAGGAUUUGCUGUCAGCCUACUUUUUUGUAAGGUGGUUGUUUUUCACAAAUUCUUAACUUUUGGUGAUCAGAAUUAGGGAAAAGCAGAAAAAAUUUGUACUAGAGUUUAACGGAGUGUCAGAAUUAUUUGUAAGAUUAGUCUGAGGGAGAAAACGCUCCCAUACUCACAUUUUCUCCUGUAGAAAAAAAGACAGUAUCACCUGUAGCAUUUUUGUGUUUCUUCUUGAAAAAACAUUGCAGAUUGAAUUGGUAUAGCAACAGUAUUUCCAUAAUUAUCAGAAAAACGAGCUAAGUGCUGAAUCUUACCUUAAAACAAUGUUCUUGUUUAAGUACAUUUUUAUUGAGUAUUGAUUAGGUGCAGGUAUUUGUUUAUGAAAGCAAAAAGGAUGUACUUCUAAACAAUGACAACAUUCCUUGAAUAUGUCCAACUGUUUUGUUACUUGAAAUGUAAUUAUGUGAUGUAAAACAGUUUUCUUCCAAGAAACCUGUAACAAUUAUUUCAUUCCAAGCACUUUAUUUUUUAUUCUUUAAAAUGUAUAGAGAUUUAUUUGUAAAGUGAUAACAAUGUUCAGCCACUCUAAGAAAUUUGUAAAAUGUAUAUUAUAUUGUUGAAAUAAAUACAGUAAAAUGUGGUUGUUUACUA